AUGGACUGUCCACAGUUCACCCAGGCCCACAAGGGAUGGGCAGACCUUCAAGCUGUGCUCAAGUCUGACCAGCCUGUGGUGAUUGAUGGAUACAGCCUGACUAUCGCUGGUGUUGUGGCGGUGGCCAUGUAUGGAAAAAGUGCGUCUGUGACCACUGACAAUGCUACCAUCAGCAAGGUCCAACAGAGCGUCGAUUUCCUCGAGGAUGAACUGAAAAAUGGUCGCACAGUCUACGGUGUGACCACAGGCUUUGGAGGCAGUGCAGACACUCGCACUGACAAGGUAGAGCGUCUCCAAAUUGCCCUGCAGCAGCACCUAAAUGUCGGCAUUCUUCUUCCCUCUGACAAGGGUCUGCACGCUGUAGAGCCUGAAAAUCUUCGUGAACAUUCACUACCAGUCUCAAUUGUCAGGGCAAUGAUGCUCAUUCGGUGCAACUCACUGAUCCGCAGUCACUCUGGUGUGCGUCUUGCUAUCCCCCAGAAUAUCCUAUCUAUGCUGGAGAAAGACAUGACCCCAGUUGUGCCUCUGCGUGGUAGCAUCUCCGCGUCCGGUGACCUUUCGACUCUCUCCUACAUAUCUGGGAUGCUCGAAGGUAAUCCAGACAUUUACGUUCGCGUAGGCAGCGAGAAGCGUACUGCAACCUAUCUUUCAGCAGACAAGGCUCUCCAACAAGCUGGCAUCGAACCGAUUCUUCUCCGGGCAAAGGAAGGACUGGGCGUCACCAACGGGACUUCUGCCAGCUGUGCUGCGGGCUGUGUUGCCAUCUACCAGGCUCAGCAGCUUGCCCUGAUGACCCAGCUACUCACUGCUAUGGCGACCGAAGCCCUCCUAGGGACUUCCCAUAAUUACCAUCCUUUCAUCUCCAGCAUCCGACCUCAUCAGGGGCAGGCCGAAGCUGCAAAAAACAUCACUCACCUCCUAUCAGGGUCUAAGCUUGCGUUGGACAAUAACGCUGAAACGAUUGGCCUCGCUCAGGAUCGCUAUGCGUUGAGAACAGCUCCCCAAUGGAUCGGGCCUCAGCUCGAAGACCUCAAUCUUGCGUAUCGCCAGGUGGACACCGAGGUGAACUCUACCACCGACAACCCCUUGAUCGACGUUGCCGGUAGAGCCAUCCACCACGGUGGGAACUUCCAGGCAGUCUGUAUUACAUCUGCCAUGGAAAAGACCACGACCGCCAUGCAGAUGCUCGGCAAGCUGAUGUUCGCCCAGAGCUCGGAGCUCGUCAACAACCAACAGAACAAGGGACUUCCACCCAAUCUGUCAAGCGACGACCCCAGCCUUUCAUUCACGGCGAAAGGAUUUGAUGUCAACAUGUCUGCUUACAUGUCUGAAUUGGCCUACAUUGCGCACCCAGUGAGCUCGCACGUGCAGUCUGCCGAGCUGCAUAACCAGUCCGUCAAUUCGCUCGCCCUGAUUGCUGCUCGUUACGCUCUUGAGGCUGUGGAACUCGUCUCCUUGAUGUCUGCCACCUACAUCUAUUUGCUGUGUCAGGCGCUCGAUCUUCGAUGCCUCCAUUUGGAAUUCGUCGUGGCCGCCAAACCUGCGUUCCACAACCUCCUCCGGGAACAUUUCGGGAAGCUGGUGGUAUCAGACGAACGUUUUGGCGAGUUUUCAGCAAAGUCCUGGAACGGCGUCCUUGAAAAAUGGCAGAGCCUGUCCCAUCUCGACCUCGAGGACCGCGCUGCAGUCACUAUCAAGGAGUCCCUGGGAGACCUGAUCCAUUCUCUCAUCCACGAGACAACUGAUACAGCAACAACCACGGCCGCUGCAAACUUGAAUUUGUUGCACAUUGUUGAGCUCUACAAAACGCAAGCAGCCCAAACCCUCUCUACCGUCUACGACUCGACUCGCAAUGCCUUUUACAACACCCAGUCCACCGCGCAAUACCUUGGGAAGGCUUCUGCCAUGGUCUACAGUUUUGUUCGAAAGGACCUGGAUAUCCCCUUUCACCGCGGCUUGGUUGAUCAUCCGACUCUUCUUGCUGCUGCUACUGCAAAGACCAAUGGUGUUGUUGAUGGCGGCCAUGGUGGUAAGAAGCGGCCAGAAAAGAUUUUGGGGACGUUUGCCAGUGAGAUCUAUUUGGCGAUUAGGGAUGGGAGGUUUCAUGAUCUUUUGAUGAAGGCGUUCACAGUUGAACAGUCUUGA